CUCGAACCUUCCCCUCCACUGCUCCCAAGCGCCCGUCGAAGACAACAAAACCUGCCGUUUUAUUGCAAACAGUUGCGACAGCAUACCCAAGCAUUUAAACCGGAGAGAGAUACCCCGGGAAAGAAGCGUUGACCGCACAACACCGUCAAGAUGUUUAUGGCAAGAUCAGAAUAUGACCGGGGCAUUAACACCUUCUCCCCGGAAGGCCGCCUCUUUCAAGUCGAGUACUCGCUCGAGGCCAUCAAGCUAGGCAGCACAGCGAUUGGCGUGGCCACAUCCGAGGGCGUGAUCCUGGGCGUCGAGAAGCGGGUGACGUCGACGCUGCUCGAGACGUCGUCGGUCGAGAAGAUAGUCGAGAUCGACCGGCACAUUGGGUGCGCCAUGUCGGGCCUGCAGGCCGACGCGCGGUCCAUGGUGGAGCACGCGCGCGUCGAGUGCCAGUCGCACGCCUUCAACUACAACGAGCCGCUGCGCGUCGAGAGCUGCACGCAGGCCAUCUGCGACCUGGCCCUGCGCUUCGGCGAGUCGGCCGACGGCGAGGAGAGCAUCAUGUCGCGCCCCUUUGGCGUCGCCUUGUUGAUCGCCGGCUACGACGAGGACGGCCCGUCCCUCUACCACGCCGAGCCCUCGGGCACCUUCUACCGCUACGAUGCCAAGGCAAUUGGCAGCGGCAGCGAGGGCGCCCAGGCCGAGCUGCAGAAUGAGUAUCACAAGUCCCUCUCCAUCGCAGACGCCGAGACGCUCGUGCUCAAGACGCUGAAACAGGUCAUGGAGGAGAAGUUGGAUUCCAAGAACGUUCAGUUGGCCAGUGUCACAAAAGAGCGCGGGUUCAGAAUAUACACAGACGAGGAGAUGGCUGCUGUGGUUGAGCGGCUGCCAACCAACUAGAGUGGCUAUUGACGAAAAGGGGCAAGGGGGCGUUGAAGUGAAGAAAUGACAAAUACAUCCUCACCAUGCUGACCCAACGUGAUGGAUUGUUAGCGUGAAUGGGCUUGCCCGGGACUCAAAAGUGAAUCAUAGGGUACUGUAUGCGUAGGCAUCCGUCCCUCACCGCUGACUUUUGUUCUUCCAGGCUCUACCCGGCACAGCCCAAGGCAGAUUCAACAAUCACACCCAGGAGGUUGUCAAAAUAGAAUACAUCAGGAGAGC